GAAAAAGCGCUACGUGGACACGGAGCAGCAACAGGUAGCGCGCAUGUGACCGUUAUCAGGUCAUUGUGACUGCGCCUGUCAGGACGACAACAGCGCUCAUCGCAACUCUUAUCGUGUUUAAUACGCAUCAUCUUAGUUUGGUGCACAUUUAUUUUGAGGGCCUACACCGGGGUGUGGGUGAGUCCAGCAUGAAGUCCAAAGGAAAGGGGUCAAAACGGAGCAGUCAGUCUUGGGCAGAGCAGGACGACCCAGACUUUACGCUGAACUCUGAGCCAGGUUCCAGCGAGCAGGAGGGUUCAGAGGCGUCCAUGAGGCUCGACAGGACAUGGAGAAAGGUUCACGGCGGCACACGAGCCGGCGCGCGCCGCAGGCGACACAACGGAAGUGCCAAAGAACGCAAUGUGCGCAGGCUGGAAAGCAAUGAGAGGGAAAGGCAGAGGAUGCACAACCUCAACAACGCCUUUCAGGCCCUAAGGGAAAGCAUCCCUCAUGUCAAAACAGACAAGAAACUGUCUAAAAUCGAGACACUGACGCUGGCCAAGAAUUACAUCAAGUCAUUAACCACUAUCAUUUUGGGGAUGUCUAACGCCUGCCUGCCUCGCUCCGAGAAGCAGGCGGAGAGUAACGCCACUCGGCUUCUGCAGUGCUACCAGCAGCAUCUAGAAGAGGAGGGAGAUGAAGAUCUGUCCAGCUUCCUGAGCCAAAUUCACACCUUUAGCCAAGGCAGCUGACACACACUGCUAUUAAACAGACUUAUUAAUACUGUGAGUGCUGAAUGAGAGGACAUUACAGUGUCAAAAUUUACUGUAUGUCUUAAAACUAAAGGAAAGGUUGUCACUGGGCUUACAUGCUAUAUACUAUAUCUAGUCCACGAACAUGUGCAUUUACAUGCACACAAAUGGCUAUAGAAUGUGGUUUAUGUGGAAAACAAUCUGUGAAUGUUUUUGCCAUCCUUAUAUACAAAUAUUCAGCCAGUAACCUGCGAAUAUGGGUCUUGUGGGUCCAUAAAAGGGUACGUUUAUUUUAAAUGAAAAAGUGCACAUUGUGGAGCACGUUUCAUAUUUAUUGCGGACACAAACCAUGCACAGUAAUGACACUGAAAGUUGUAGCGCACUCAAAGAAUCACUUCACUGUUGUUUUCUUGUUGUGGCA